UAAAAUUUAUUGGUGAUUUAUUAAUUAUCCAGCUGAUAAAUUAAAAUUUAACAACUGCAGCAUUUAUUUACCGAUUGAAAAAUCGAAAAGGACAAUAUUUAAAGAAGAGACAUUUAUGAUGCUGCCCAAGAAUGAUGAAAAGAAAAAUCAAUCACAAUACAAACAAUGGCUCGCAGCAAUAGUUGCAACACUGUCAAUGGUUGCUGUUGGUACAGUCUAUGGAUGGACAACAACAAUGGAACUACGUAUAACUGGAAAAAUAGAAAAUUACAAAGUUCCAAUUGUUGUAACACGUGAUGAAUUUUCAUGGAUUGUAUCACUUGUACAAAUAUCAGCAAUGAUUGGUUCAUUUUUAGGUGCAUUUAUUGCUGAUUAUUUUGGUAGAAAAUUUAGUUUAUUAUGUUCAAGUAUAUUUUUUAGUAUUGGUUGGUUAUUUGUUAUAUUUGGAAAUAAUGUAUUUGCAUUAUAUGCAUCAAGAAUAAUACUUGGUAUUGGUGUUGGUAUGUCAUAUACAACAAAUCCAAUGUAUGUAUCUGAAGUUGCUGAUACAAAUAUACGUGGUGCACUUGGUACAUUAAUUGCAAUAAAUGUAUUUACUGGUUCAUUAUUUACAUGCUGCAUUGCACCAUGGACAUCAUACAUGACAACAAAUUUAAUUUUACUAUCAAUACCAGUUAUAUUUUUUAUAUUAUUUUUAUAUUUUCCUGAAAGUCCAUAUUAUCUUAUUAAAAAAAAACGUUAUGAUGAUGCUAAAUCGGCAAUAUGUUUUUUUAAAAAUUGUUCAAAUAAUGAAGCACAAGAAAAAUAUAAUGAAAUACGUGAAAAUAUUAAUGAUAAUAAAUUAAAUUAUAAUGAUAGUAUUUAUAAAAAUAUUAAAAGAUUAUUAUCAUCAAAUAAUCGUAAAGCAUUUUUAAUUGUAUUUGGUUUAAUAAUGGCACAACAAAUGAGUGGUAAUUUUAGUACAAUGCAAUAUUUAACAUCACUCUUUGAAAAAUCUAAAAUACAAUUAAUUGAUACUGAUGUUGCAACAAUUAUUGUAUUUGCGGUUGGUCUAAUAUCUGGUGUUGUUGCAACAGCAACUGUUGAAAAAGCUGGUAGACGUAAAUUACUUAAUAUAUCAAGUUCAUUUUGUGCAAUAAUAUUAGCAAUAUUAGCAUUUUAUUUAUUACAUAUUAAUGAUGGUAAAAAUGAUGAUGAAAAAUCAUAUGAAUCAUUUUUAAGUUUAUUGCCAUUAAUUGCUGUUAUAUUAUUUCAAGUUUUUUAUCAAUCUGGUCUUGGUACAUUACCAAAUGCACUUAUUGGAGAAUUAUUUCCAACAAGUGCCAAGGGUAUUGCUGGUGCUGCACUAACAAUAUCUGAUGGUAUUAUUGGUUUUAUAACUUCAAAAUUAUAUCAAAUUAUUGGCGAUACUUAUGGACAACAUUAUAAUUAUUUUUUAUUUUCUGGAGCUUGUUUUUUGGCAUUUUUUCUCAUAUUUAUUUAUGUGCCAGAAACUAAAAAUAAAACAUUUGUACAAAUUCAAGAUGAUCUUAAGAAAAAUCGAAUUUUUUGUUGUUGAUAUUUUUUUAAUUUAAUUUUUUUUUUUUUUUUUUUUUAUAUUAAGAUUGUUUUAAUUAAAAUAAAUCAUUGUAAAAAUAAUUGUCAAGUAGAUUUAAUGAAAAAUAAAAAAAAAAAAAACUAGCUAUAUUUUUGUAGCAUAAAAAUGAAAAAGAAAACUUAUUUAAUUGUUAUAUUUUUCUAGAAUUAUUAAAUUUUUUAAUAAACAUUUAUAUUGUAUAUGUUAUUUUUUCUAUUUUUUAUUAUAAAAAAAAAUUUAAUUUAAUUGUUUUUUUAAAUAUAUUGUUAUAGAAAAAUGCGAAUUAAUUUGCCAAAUGCGUUGAAAAAAAAAUUAUAAUUUGUUAUUUGUGGUAUAAAAAAUAAAUAAAAAUAUUAAUGAAAA